AUGGCUGUGCAAGCCGGCGUUCAGACCUCUAAGGUCCUCAUCCUACUCGGCGCAGGUGUCUCUGGUUCGAUCGUAUUGAGACAUGGGAGGUUGUCUGACCUAAUAGCUCAGCUUCAAGACUUGCUCAAGGGUGCUGAAGGAGUUGAAAGCACACCAUACAAGUAUGACAGUGCACAACUAGCUGCUCAGAUUCGACAGCUCGCAAAUGAAAUCAAAGAACUAAGUAUGAUUAAUCCAAUUACAAUAUUUAACGGAGAUUCGAGCUCCAAUGGCUAUGCGUCUUACCUGGUCCCAGCGGCCGCUGUUGGAGCUAUGGGAUACUGUUACAUGUGGUGGAAGGGUUGGUCUUUUUCGGAUGCGAUGUUUGUGACAAAGAAAAACAUGGCUAAUGCUGUUGCAACUGUUUCAAAACAACUAAACGAUUUGUCAGAAACAUUAGCGUCAACAAAGAACCAUCUUUCCAAUGAGCUAGCGAAAUUGGAUUGGAAGGUGGAAGAGCAGACUGAGACAUCUAAAAUGAUCUUAAAUGAUGUAACCGACAUGAGAUCAAGCAUUUCGCAAAUUGGGUUUGACUUCCAGCAAAUUAAUGAAAUGAUAUCCGGAAUUGAAGGGAAGAUUGAAAGUCUAGAAAGCAAACAAGAUGUGACCCUCUCGGGACUGUGGCAUCUAUGUCAAAUUGCAGGCGUUAAAGGCAGCACAAGCGCUAAAGUGUUUCAGGAUGUUGGCGCGAGAUUACCGAUUGAUACAAAACCAUCAGCUGAUAACUCUCUCUUGGGUCUGAGGUUUCUGACAGAAGGCGAGGAGAAAGUAAACGUAAUACACAAGCCGGUUUUGGUGAAAGAAAGCCCGGUGAUGUUGAAACCGGUGGAGGAAAAACCAAAAGCUGCAACAACCAGAGUUCAUAGAGCGUUUCCUGGUGGUAUAUCUUGGAGAGCUGUGGACAAUCGGGUCUGGGAAAGAGAAGUGAAGAUGAGCAUUGUUCCAAAGGAAACGAUUGAGGUUAUAGCACAAAGUAUUGGGAUUACCAACUUGUUACCUGAGGCUGCGCUUAUGCUUGCUCCUGAUGUUGAGUAUCGUGUUCGAGAGAUCAUGCAGGAAGCAAUCAAAUGCAUGCGUCACUCAAAGAGAACUAUUUUAACAGCUGCGGAUGUAGAUGGUGCUCUCAACUUAAGGAACGUCGAGCCGAUAUAUGGCUUUGCCUCAGGAGGACCAUUUCGUUUUAGAAAAGCUAUUGGGCAUCGGGAUUUGUUCUACACUGAUGACAGAGAGGUGGAUUUCAAAGACGUGAUUGAAGCCCCACUACCAAAAGCUCCCCUUGAUACUGAACUUGUCUGUCACUGGCUGGCUAUUGAAGGGGUGCAGCCAGCUAUACCAGAAAAUGCUCCUUUAGAAGUCAUUAGAGCACCUGCGGAAAAUAAAAUCCAUGAACAAAAGGAUGGACCUCUUAUUGACGUUAGGCUACCAGUGAAGCAUGUUCUAUCUAGGGAACUUCAGUUAUACUUCCAAAAGAUUGCUGAACUUGCAAUGAGCAAGUUAAAUCCUGCUUUGUUUAAAGAGGCACUAGUGAGCUUGGCCUCAGACUCAGGACUUCACCCUCUAGUUCCAUAUUAUACAAAUUUCAUUGCUGAUGAGGUAUCACGUGGUUUAAACGACUUCUCACUCCUGUUUAAUCUUAUGCACAUUGUUAGAAGUCUUCUACAGAAUCCUCAUAUACACAUAGAACCUUAUCUGCACCAGUUGAUGCCAUCAGUUGUAACAUGCCUUGUAUCGAGAAAGCUUGGAAAUAGAUUUGCGGACAACCAUUGGGAACUUAGAGAUUUCACGGCGAAUCUGGUUUCCCUGAUAUGUAAAAGGUUUGGAAACACUUACAUUACUCUUCAGACUCGUCUUACGAAAACUUUAGUCAAUGCACUUUUGGACCCAAAGAAGGCUUUGACUCAGCACUAUGGUGCAAUUCAAGGAUUAGCAGCUUUGGGCCACAAUGUUGUACGCCUUCUAAUUCUGUCAAAUCUCGAGCCGUAUCUAAGACUUCUCGAACCAGAAUUGGAUGCUGAGAAGCAAAAGAACCAGAUGAAGAGCUACGAAGCUUGGCGUGUGUAUGGAGCCUUGCUGCGUGCUACAGGCCUGUGCCUACAUGACCGGCUUAAAAUUUUCCCAAGUUUACCAUCUCCUUCACCAAGUUUCCUCCAUAAGGGAAAAGGGAAACUAAUCAAUACUGUGCCACAUAAGAGGAAGCUGAGUGUAGAUUCUUCAGACAACCGGUCACCCAAGAAAAGAUUGAUAACUAGAGAUGGUUCAGAAUCGCAAGAUCACAGCGGUCCAGCUCCAAUGCAAGUAGAUAAACCGGCGGGAAAUGACAAUCCGCUACAAAACUCUGUUCAACCAUCCUCGUCAGAACAAGCUUCUGAUGCAAACGAAACUGAGAGCAGAAACGCAAAGGAGAAAGAAGGGGGCAAGGGUCGGGCUAUUACCAUGAAAGCGAUCCUUAAUCAGAUUUGGAAAGACGAUCUUGAUUCCGGAAAGCUCUUGGUGAAACUGCACGAACUCUAUGGUGAAAGGAUUCUUCCCUUUAUCCCUUCUACAGAGAUGUCAGUGUUCCUCUAA